GCUCAUUAUCUCUGGACUUUGCACAUAGAAUGAAGUAAAGACCAUUACAGACAGAAACAGAGCAAGGAACAAAGGGGCAAUAGAGGAGAGUAGUCAAUAUCUUGCAUAAGUGAGGCUUUACUAUAAUAUAUCCACAAGUAUUUAGAUAAACUGAACUCAGGCAUUAACUUCUCCUGUCUGACGGACUGAUGGCUGUGAUGGCUGGCAAUGUGUGUGUCACUGUGACUCUUCUCGUGUGUGUUGUUGGAAGUCAGGCACUGCACCUGCCGAGGGCAGCAGGAACAUCAGCGAGUCCUCGCUCUCCUCCAAAAGUGCAUUGUUGGUGUGCAAGCUUUCCAAACCGGACUCUUUGCUCCUGGCCCGAACCUUCCCACUCCCCACCAACACACUACAUUGCCACCUACAGUGAGAGAAACAGACAGCUGGAGAUCAAGCAGUGCCAGCUCUUCCCACCCGGAUCCUCAUCCUCUGCACUGAGCCCAGCAUCAUCCUCCUCUGAUCGGCUCUGGCACUGCCACCUGCCCGAUUUAAAGCUUCUCACUGACUACAUCAUCAACAUCACAGCAGUUUAUUCUGUCGGAAGCAGCUCCCAUCUAAGCAGUUUUAUGUUGGAGGAGAUUGUGAAACCAGAUCCCCCCGUAGACAUCCAGGUUUCCACCCAGCAUUUUAAAAACUUCAGAAACUUGUCGGUGGAGUGGUCUCCUCCCCCUACUUGGGCUAACCUGGACAUCUUCCCCCUACAAUACCACUUACAAUACCAGUGGGAAAACAGGGGCAAAACACAGUCUGUCAAACUGCCUCCAUUUGAGGACACCAAGGUUGAGCUGAAGCUGGCGUCAGGAAGGACCUACAUGUUCCAGGUGUGCGCUAAGGACCUGCUGGGUCUGGGCGAGUGCAGCGCCUGGAGCUCACCUGUAGAAAUCACUACACCAUGAACAAAACUGUUAAUACUCCCUCUCCCUCUCACUCCUUCUGAGCGUCCAGUGAAGUGAAACAUAAGAACUGAACACGUACUUGUUGUUCUUUUAACUGCACAAACAAUGCCAGCAAAAGUCACUGUUAUUUUGUUUUAUUUAUGAAUGAAUAUAUGGAUAUUAUCUGUACAGUGUACAAUCAGA